AAUCAAAUACAUGUCCCCAACGCGGGGCUGAAAUAUUGGCCACCCCGCAAAAAGACCCUUAGUUUUUAUUGGCCAAUCGGUAGGCUAGCUCUAUGAAGGUAGUUCAUGCUUGGCAUCAUCAGCCUCGCCGUCUAGAACCCCUUGUCAUCAGGGGUCCCACGCAGGAAUGAGCCCCGGGAUCCGAGCUACGGAGAACGGAGUACUUCGCGACAACCCCUGUGUCAAGGAGCUCCCGCAGCCUCGCGCUACAUGGGUUUGUCGGCGUUUCCCAUCAUGAUCGACUUAUGUUUCCAACAGCUCAAAGGCCCAUCUACUACCUAAAGCCUGCUGCUCGCUAGCCAACUUGUUGCGAUAUUGUAUCCAGGUUAGGCAAACACCCAAUAUGUUCUCGAGUCUGACAACAAAGCUCGCACUGCGGAAGGCUGGCAUCAAGAGCGACACAUUUGACUUCUCUUCAGAGGCAAAGCCACCCAAGGGCACCAAAGCUGGUCUUGAUGAGCAGGAGUCCUCAGUGGGAUGGCCCGCAUGGAUAAGCACAAAGAAGCUACCAUUGACGGCACAAGCAUGGCUUUCGCCACCACCACCCCCGAUACCAAUCGCCGAAUGCCCCAAGGUCGGGGAUCUGGCACCUCUCGACCGGGACCGGCAACUGUCAUUCGGCAAUGGAAAGCCUGUCAUUGUGGUUUUCCUCCGCUGCGUCGGCUGUGCUUUUGCCCAAAAGACCUUUCUCGCCCUUCGAACGCUCGCCAACCGUCAUCAGGGAAAGGUGACGUGUAUCGCUGUAUCCCACUCUUCUAAGGAGGCGACGCGCAAGUGGAUGGAUCUGCUGGGGGGUGCGUGGAACGUCGAGGUCGUUAUCGAUGAAGACCGCGUUAUCUACGCUGCCUGGGGCCUGGGGCUCGGUACCGUCUGGUCCAUGUUCAACCCUACGACUCAAGUGCAGGGUUGGAAGGAGAAGGGUUGGUUGGGCAUAAAGGUGGCUGAUUCCAUACAGAGGACCGGCAGUUUCAGUCCCGUGGUGCCACCUUCGCAAGCUGGCAAGGGCGCCGUCGUUGGCCCGGCAGAGUCAACUGAUGGUCCUAGUACAGUCAUGGGGAAUAAGUGGCAGCAGGCUGGUUUGUUUGCCGUUGACGGACGAGGAACUGUCUUGUUGGCUACCAAAGCACUACGGGCUGACGAUGUCAUGGAUUUGGAUGCUGCCGCUACCGCCUUAGGUCUCCGGUAAAUAAUGAUUGGCUGCACUGUACAGCAUUCUAGCACUUAUGUGAGGUAUUUUUGGUUGAUUAGCAAUGUUUUCUCGUUGAUAUUUGCGUGAGGAUUGACUUGGCUUCAUGCCGAGUCCAUCAUCUGGAUAUAUGAGUAUUUGAAUACACGCUAGAUGUAUUUACUGUGUUC